UCGAAUCACGAUUGCCGACUGAUAAAAACGCUCUCGGAAAACAAUUGUGUGCUCAGACGGUUCGACUGUUUUGGUUCGAGAUGAGUACCAGGUGCUUGUUGGCUGCGAUUGUUCUUCUGGGGUUGGCCUGUGUAGUAGCUUCCCAGAAGCCUUUACUUUGUUACUAUGGAAGUUGGGCCUAUUACCGUUCCGGGCGAGGCCAAUUCAACGUCGAAGAUAUUAAUCCAUGGUUGUGUAGUCAUGUUAUAUACUCGUUCCUUGGAAUAAACGAAGAUGGAAGUAUUGCUGUACGAGAUCCUUGGCUGGAUUUAGAUUUGGGAAAUUUCCGGAGGUUCAAUGAAUUGAAACAUUCGAAUCCAAAUUUGAAAACUCUGGCCGCAAUUGGUGGGUACAGCGAAGGCUCGGAAACGUUUUCCAGAGUUGCUGCUAAUCCGGACCUGAGAUGGCGGUUUGCCGAGUCUGCGAGAGAUUUUUGUUUCCAACACGGAUUUGAUGGUGUAGAUAUCGAUUGGGAAUAUCCUGGACAGCGUGGCGGAGAUCCGUACAACGAUAGGGCCAAUUUUGUGCAUAUGCUUUCCAAUCUCCGGCAGGUACUUUCCGCUAGCGGAUUGAUGUUGACUGCUGCUGUUGGUGCACCCCAACAUCUUGCGGAAAUAUCCUACGAUAUUCCUGCGAUUUCACAGCAUCUAGAUUUUAUCAAUUUGAUGACUUACGACUAUAAUGGUGCAUGGAAUGAUUUUACUGGGCACAACGCACCGCUUUUUGAUGGUCCUUCGGAUGCCAACGACUUUCAAAGAACAUUGAAUGUGCAUCACAGUGUCAUGUAUUGGCUUCAGCAGGGAGCACCACACAAUAAACUGAUUGUGGGGAUUCCAAUCUAUGGCAGGACAUUUACUUUGCAGAAUUCCGGUAACUAUUGGCUCCGCGCUGCUUCCAGUGGGCCAGGCCAUGCUGGAUCGUAUACCAAUGAAGCUGGAUCACUGGCGUAUUUUGAAAUAUGUCCAUUCUUCACUCGAAAAUGGGUACGCCAUUGGGAGGAUAACCAGAAAAUUCCUUUUGGAGUCACUGGAGAUCAGUGGAUUGGAUACGAUGAUGUGGAUACUUCAUAUAUUAAGUGCGGUUAUAUACAUCAACACGGUUUGGCUGGCGGUAUGGUGUGGUCAAUUGAGCAGGAUGAUUUCCAUGGUUAUUGUGGGUCGCGAUAUCCGAUUAUGACUGUUCUUCGCAACUGUUUGUAAUGGUCUUGGCGGGAAAUUGAAUGAAUAAAUUGAAUGUGACAUCAUAUCUUCUGUGGCAAAUUAUUAAAAGAAUCUGGUUUAGAUUGAAUGCUGAUUGGUUGUUUAGGGCUUCUCAAUCAUCAAAAUGCUUUUGAAAUCCAUGAAUGACAUGAGCUUUGCAGGAUUCAUGUUGGUAUCAUGAUUAGUUUAGGUUCUUCAUGCGUAAUGGCAAAUAAUUAAACCAUAUCUCUGGAACUGGAAUUCCGAUCCUAAAUAGAAUAAUUUA